CGGUCUAAAUAUAGCAGCGUUCAGCUCACAAGUGGACACACUGUAGGUUACCACACGGAUUUCUUCUGUCAUGUUUUCCGACUAUUUUGGAAUUAAACUUAAGAAUAUAUGACAUUGAUAUUAACGCAAAAGAAAGAACUGUGGAACUGAAGGUCCUGGAGAAACUGGAACUUGAAAGGGCAAAAGAGAAAACCAGAUGUACUGUAAGGCUGAAUAGGACUCAGGUGAAACACGCAGUCUAGCUUAGUCAUAACAGAAGAAAGGGUGUUUACUUCAUGUGUCAGCCACUGAACAUUUGAAACAUAUUGAACAACAUUUCAACAUUUGAAAUAAUGGCACGUUUAAAGGUAUCACUUUUGGGAUUUCUCAUGCUUCUACUUCACGCAGCGCCCCACGCAGAGGCAGGAUGUGCUGAAGUGGACUCCAUGACGGAGGCAGUGGCCGGGGAAAGCUUCCUGCUGGGCUGCAUCUCCUGUAAGAAAAGGGAGGAAGUGGACGCGUCCACCUAUGUCGACUGGUUCUUCAGGCCCAUUGAAGAGGAGGGUUUUGUUCAAAUUUUCCACUAUGAGAAUCCCUUUCCUACCAUUCUGCAUGAGGACUUUGAAGGCCGUCUAGAAUGGCACGGCACCAAAGGAACAAGAGAUGUCCAGAUAGGUGCCAUUUUCAUUCACAAUGUCACCUUCAACGACACAGGAACUUUCCGCUGCACCAUGGAGCGCACUCUCUUCCUCCCUUAUGGUGAAGAGCAUGUCACCAUCAUUAAGGACGUGGAGCUGUCUGUUGUGGCUGUAGCCAAUCGGGAGCUGACGGCGGUGAUCGCGGAGAUCAUGAUGUAUGUGGUCAUUGUGGUUCUGCAGCUGUGGAUGAUCUUGGUGCUGAUCUACUGCUAUAAGAAGAUCUACGCAGAGGCCGAGGCCAGAGAGGCCCGCAGAGCACUGAAGGCUCAGAACAAAGGUUUGGAUGCAAAAGAUACGUGUGAUGGGGUACAUUUGGAGUAACUUUCUUGGGUGGGUGUAUCAUACCGAAAUGGCUACUGUGAAGUUUGUCAGUAACACGGUGCUGCAAGUCAUGAGGGUUGCAUGGCUGACACCAUAGGUCUUUGGGCACCAUUAAGUUCAGGAGGAUAUACUGAACGAGGUGCCUCUGGUGAUCAUGAGUUCUAAUAUCAUAACAUCUAAAGAUGUGUAUCAAGCAUGUCACAAACUGGCUCUAGAGCUGGCAUAGGGAAACACAAAAAAAAACAGAGUUGUCAGAUAAAUGCUAACAAUGAUCUUAUCAUUUGGUGUGUUGAUUAAUUAAUCUGUAUUGAGGACAAAAUACUGUAUCUGGUAAUUGUAUUAUGUUGUGGCAAGCAAUUUUCCAGAUGGAUAUUGUAAUCUGCAUAUAGGCCUGCUGUAAUUUUUCAUUAGAAAGCAUUUAGUUGCUCAUUUACUGUUUUCCCCAGUAGUUAAGGUAUAAUUUUUUAAUUUAUCUCCUCCAGAGUCUUUUUCUCUUUCUUUAGAUUCUUAAAAGCGGAGUCUUAAAUGGAGGUUUGGAAUGUUGUUAUUGCAACUGAUUGUUUAGAAAAUACUGUAUGUUGACAGCAGAUGACAUUUCACCUAGAGAACUGAACCUGUCUGUACAGGUCGUAGUUUUGGAAUCUGCACCACAGAGUGGUGUGAAGGUACCUAACUCUACCUCUCUUACAGGUAAAUAUGGAUAUGGAAACAUAGUAAUACAUUGGACAUACAUAAACAUUUGAAGCCAGUGUAGUGUGCUUCUAAUGUUUAAUCUGAA